GAGCGGAAGUGAGUGGGAGACUGCACUGAACCUUGGUCGGCUGCGCCUGCGCGGGAACCUGUGACCCCGGAAGUACUCCCCGUUGCCCGAACUGCUGCUCCUGGAAGCUGCCCCUUGCAUGCUGUGUCUGCAGACGGUUCCCCCCCAUCGCCGCUACGACCACUUUUCAUCCUCCCGCUGACCAUGUCCCGAGGCUCCAGCGCCGGCUUCGACCGGCAUAUCACGAUCUUCUCCCCUGAGGGGCGCCUCUACCAAGUAGGUGAGUGUCUGGCAGGAACUGCCCCGUCACGGCCCAGGGCCACUCCUCUCUCCGGCCCCAUCGGAGGAAAGGGGCAAGGGGAGGGGAGCAGCCGCCCGCUCCCGUGUACUGGGAAGAGGGAGCACGUGAUGGAUACGCGGGGCGCCUCUGCCUCUCCCGUAGCCGCUUGCAGAGGGAAAGUGCCAGGAACGCGGUAGUCAUGGGUCUCCGUGCAAGGUGCCUGGGCAUCUUGUGAAAGAAGGGCAGGACCGCGCAGCGAAAAAGCUGUCUUUGUUUAAAAGCGAAACCGAAAGGAGUCUGCUGCAAAGGAGAAUGCACCCCAGUGCUUGCGAAGGGGGGCAUUAUCGCUAGCCUUUUCAUGACGAAGUUGCACUUGCUGAAUAUUCCCCUCCCUUGACAACUAUUGAAGUUUCAGCGCCCUUGAUUUCUUUUGCAUCAGAUCACCCUGUUCGUUGCACAUUUACGAUAAUUGGGACAGGGGAUUGGAACGGGUUUCAGCUUAAAAAAACAAAAGUAAACUCCCAGAUGCUUUUGCAAAACUGAAGUGAAGAGAGAGUGUGAAUCUUAUGAUUAGCAGCAGGACACUCCAGCAUUGCAAAGUUAACUCAAGUAUCCGGUAGUAUGGACAAAAACACGUAACUGUGGAAUGAGAGAGGUGUAAAACUAUAGAAAUUUGGUUAUGUCAAAUGCUCUUUAGAUCGAAAUAUGAAAAAAAACUAAUGUAUGCCCACAAUGAUUUCAAGCUGUGUAACACUAAAAGUACUACUGAAGAUGAGUAAUCAGAGUUUGCAUUUGGGAGCUUCUAUAUAUGCUAUGUAGCAUUGUUGUCAAAUCUCCUGACUAUGUUUAAUGUACCAUUUAGAGUAUGCAUUUAAGGCCAUAAACCAGGGUGGCCUUACAUCAGUAGCUGUUCGUGGAAAGGACUGUGCAGUUAUUGUCACACAGAAGAAAGUACCUGUAAGUAGCAGUAUCCUGAGCAUCUGAUUUUUUUUAUUAUUAUUAUACGCUUGGAUAAUUUGCUUCCUUGUUGAUCCUUAAUAAUUAACUCCUCUGCUGUUUAUUCUUGUUACUUAAAAGCACCAGAAUUCUCUGGAGCAUAUAAGUAGGCUUAUAAAGAAUCAGACUUGGAAUUCUUGGGAAAACACACUUCGGUAAGGCCACUCCCACUGCAGAGUAUCGCAGUUCCAGAAUGCACAGCCCCAAAGUGGGCACUGGGCAUUGCUUUCUUAAAUCUUUUGAAUGGUGGCCAGAUUGAUCCUGGUGUCAAUCAAAGCCUUAUGAAGAGUUCAACCCACCAUAGACUAACUCAGUCAACACUUCCCACUCCCACCCCAGUCUGGCUGUCACCAGCCAGGGUAUUUAGGAGUGAAGAGAAAGAGAAGCUGGUUAGGAUCAUUCAGGCUUUCCAUUGCACCAUCUUAUUUUCAUCUUAAUAGCAGUGGACAGUGAUGUUAUUUGAAGGCAGUGUUAGUGACAAAUACACUUUUUAGUUCUUUUUGUUUUUUUAACGUGGAAACCUUUAUUUGGCUGUGUAGAAUAUUGUUUAAAACUAUUCUUUGGCUUUCUCCAUUAGGACAAGCUACUGGAUUCCAGCACAGUGACUCACUUAUUCAGAAUAACUGAAAACAUUGGCUGCGUAAUGACAGGAAUGACAGGUAUAAAAAUUACCCACCUGGAGAUCUACCGGAUGGUGAUGUGCAAUGUUGAUAUGGAGUCAAAACAUAAUACUUCUUGUUAAUAUCCAGUGAAUUGUUAUGAGCCAGAGGCAUUUGAUUUAGUACUGCCUCUGAAAGUAAGCAAAUCUUACCAAUUUCUGAAUGGGAAACUUUCUCGUAACCCUUUGCAUAUUGCACAGAUAUCCCUGGGAGGGGAGAGAGUGGUAUAAAUGAUUUUAUUAAUCCAGUCUACGGGAGGUGUAGGAGAAAUAUUUCAAAUUAGUUUUGUAUUCAGAUUUUAAGUACAGUCGUACCUUGGUUCUCGAAUGGAAUCCGUUCUGGAAAUCUGUUUGACUUUCGAAAACCAAGGCAUGCCUUCCAAUUGGCUGCAGGAGCUUCCUGCACUCAUUUGGAAGCUGCCUCAGACAUUCGGGUUCCAAAGAACAUUUGCAAAUCUGAACACUCACUUCCAGGUUUGCAGCCUUCGGGAGCCAAAAUGUUCGAGUCGCAAGGCGUUUGCAAACCAAGGUACGACUGUACAAGCAACUCACAAUUUACAUGGGAAUUAUGUUCCAAGGCACCACAUGUUUAAGUGAAGUCACAUAUAUUUGAAACGCCAUUGAAAAAAGCCUACAAAUACGCAAUUCUGCCUCUUUUUGUAAUGUUUUGGGGUCACUUCUGGGUUCGGUGUGAUGUGUGUGUGCACUGUAGUGCACAUAUUGAACAUGUGUAAAUGGGGAGUUGCCUGUAGCUUUUUUCUUGAAACUACAUUGACUACAUGAAGCAUGGGAAUGAUUUCAGUUCUUUAUUUAUGUCAGCUGACAGUAGGUCCCAGGUGCAGAGAGCCCGCUAUGAGGCUGCGAACUGGAAGUAUAAGUAUGGCUAUGACAUUCCAGUGGACAUGCUGUGUAAAAGGAUUGCAGACAUUUCUCAGGUCUACACACAAAAUGCUGAAAUGAGGCCUCUUGGUUGCUGUAAGUAUAUAAAAUAUAAACUGAAAGUAACAUUUCAGAACUUUUGGGAUGCUAAGGCUGAAAUAUUGUGCAGUGGGAUACUGCUGAGAAGAUGCUGCUUCUGCAUGGAGCAAAGUGUGGUUCUCAUGAAUUUCUUUCGUGAUGGUAUUUGAAGGCAAUCAAUACAGAAACCUGGACAGCUUAAACCUCACAGGAAAAUCCUGAUCCCUUUGCCCAGGAGCAGUGUCUUCAUCUCACCUACAACCUCAUCCCACUGAAGAAGGGAGACAGUUUUUCAAACAGAUACUUGUGCUUUGUAUCUCUGAGGAAAAUGGAACCAGGGUCAUUCCAAUUUGCCACUGGUUAGCUGCCUGUAAAUUGCACAAAAACACAGAUAAGAUUACAAAGGCAAUAAUUUAAUCUGCUGAAGCUGCUGCUUCAGCAGCUGAAGGUACAGUCUGCUUGUCAAAUGAGCUGGUGAAAAGAAUUUCAUGCUGCAUCUUAGUAUGCAUCAAAGGUUACUAGGUCCUGUGCUAGGUGGUUUUGCUCUAGAUUUUGGGACCUACCAACUAGCAUUAUCUUAGUCUUCCCUUUAUUCAGAUUUGCCUUGAGAUUAUUAGGUUAUGCAACAGAUUUGAUUAUGUCUUGUGGCAAUACUACAUAUUCUACACAAUCUUCUAGUCGUGACUGAUAGAUAUGUAUUUGAAAACCAUCAAAUGAAAUCAGUUUUAAGUAUUUGAGCAUUUUUAAAAAACACUGUAUCCAACUUAGAUUUUAUGCUUGGAAGUACUUUCAGGGUGACCUGUUUACUGAGAAACUGAUUUAUUGGAAGUACCUGCUCUUAAGGAAUCUGGUUUCAGGUAAUAUUGUUGCAAGACACUCUGAAAGAAAGUUACUUCCAUGUAAUGCAGUUACAUUUUUCUCAAUCUCUACUUUCGAAUAAUACUGGAUUGCAAUGCAAGAUGCUUUGCAGAUGUUCAAGAAGAGCUUGUUUUGGUUUUGUUCCUAUCCCUUUUUUCAAAUUUGGAAGUUGGCAUUUUAAGAAAAACGUAUUUUGAAAAAGGGAAUAUAUUUCAAACUACGUUCUAAAAUAGAAAACAGUUUCACCUUUAAAAUUGGCAUCAUGGGGUUUAGGUCCUGCAAAAUAAACAAUCAAGUUUAAGAAGCAGGCGACCCUUUCUCUAGUGAUUCAGUGCAGCGUUGGGCCUGCAGUCUAAUGCAAUUAAUGAAUUGUCUGUUGUGCAGAUAUAGGUGAGCCAUUUGUUAAUGAGUUGUGCGUGGAGGUCUGUGCAUGGAGCCAAGGACUGGCCAAGCUAAAAAUUAGUCCCCAUCUGUCAUUCUACCUCCCGACACCAUUUCUGAAGGGAAAACCAUCAGGAAACAUGCCAACUUGGAAGCAGCGCCACUCAACACCCCCCCCCCAAGCAUGUCUUUCCUGCAAAGAGGCUGAAAAGCCUGUACCAUUAGUUACUGCUUGAAGGUGCCCCAAACCCUUAACAGGAGCAGUAAUGAACCUUUCCCCUGUCCACUUUUGCUGCUCUGGAGCCUCCUUUUCUGAGGUGCUUUGACCACGCAGUUGCCAAACAUCCCCCAGACUUCAUCCGAACUCUGAAGCUCAGAGGUUCGUGAAAAUCAUCAAGCAACUGUCUGGACAAUUCUCCACCUACCUCUGAGCUUUGGAGCUGGGAUUAAGGCAUGAUACUUGCCAGAGAUCUUGUUGCACACUGCCCAUGGCAAGUGGAAUGCUGCAUGUUUUGCCUGUUAGAGUAAUAAGAGAUUGACUAGAAUAGAAUGAAGCCAUUGAAUGAGAAAGGAGAAUUCCACUCAUUUUAAAAAAACAUACUUUUUUUUCCCCAAAGGCAUGAUUUUGAUUGGCAUUGAUGAAGAAAACAAUCCUCAGGUAUACAAGUGUGAUCCAGCAGGAUACUACUGUGGUUUUAAGGCUACAGCUGCAGGAGUCAAACAGACAGAAUCAACUAGCUUUCUUGAAAAGAAAGUGAAGAAAAAAUUGGACUGGACAUUUGAACAGACCGUGGAGGUAAGUCAAAUGUACAUCAAAUUUUGUUUGGCAUCAAAGAGGUGGACAGUCCUUAUUUGAGUUUGAUGGGGGACAGUGACAUACAUUCCCCCCUCUAGUUUUUCCGUAUGGUUAUUGUCAAAACGUCUGAGUUAUAGUCAAAAUGUUUGCUUAACCUUUCACAAGUCUGCUCUGCAGAAGCCAAAAAAUCCCAUCCCACCCCCAAUUGCCUGUUUAAUUUCAUGCCUUAAGUUGCUAGUACUUUAAUUUUAGUUGUGGCACUGGGGAGCAGAGGACAGUUGAAAUCACUGGCUGAAAAGUACUUGUCCUAGUAAGUGGGGUGCCCACUGAUAAAGGCCUAAUUUUUCUUGCACAUUCCUAGGUUACUUUCUGUAACAAUGCCUGUGUAGUUGGCUUAUUGGGUAGGCAGUAAUGCUAAACCAGUGUCCUAGUAGGGAAGAGGGAAUGGGGAAAGCUUUCCCCACAUUUUUAAUGUGUCUCCCCCUCCCACCAUCCCUCAUUCUCACAUCUCUGUAUUAGCAUCACAAUUGUUCCAUGUGUGUAUUGAGCAAUAGAUUGGUGGGGCUGAUACUCGGUGACAUUAAAUUUUUAAGAAUUUUGUGCUUCAGGUGUCCACUUCUUUCUAGACUGAUCUUGCCUUCGUCAAAACACUUUGACAACAUUAUAUUAGCAACAUGCAACCUUCAAAUAGUUUGACUUCACCCCACAAAGGCUCACUCCUUUCCUCAACUAUAGUGGCUACUCUAAAAUUGGAAAGUAAAGUUGCUGUACACUGCAGUGUCGGACUUUUAGCUUUGAACGUUGCUAGAAACACAGCUGUCUUAACAAAUCCCAACUGCAAGGAAUGACUGCUGGCAUAGUCAUAUUCACAGCUUCUUCAACAGAGAAGUUUAAAGUGUGCUAGAACUCUGCAGCAUUUGAAAUAUUCUUAAUUCAGCUUUGCAUGAACAGGGCAUAAAUUUAACAGAAGUGAAAGAUAAGUUUUGAAUGUCAAAGUGGUAUUUUUAAUUUUGAUUUUAUAUGCUGUGUUUCUAAUGUCUCCUAUAUAUUUCAAUUCUAGACAGCAAUAACCUGCCUCUCUACUGUUUUGUCCAUUGACUUCAAACCUUCUGAAAUAGAAGUAGGAGUUGUCACACUUGAUAAUCCUAAAUUCAGGUAAAGAGUGAAUGCAGAACUUUCCCUUUUUGCUUAUGCACAACUAAAUUUCAUUCUCUUAAUGAGACAGUUUAGGUGUGACCUCAUAGUUCCAUCCAGUGUGGUCAUCCUGUUGGCACAAGGGCUACUGCUUGCACAAUGGAUGUUCCACUGCAUCCUCUCCCCCAUGCACCUCCCAAAUCUGUUUUGGUGGUUUUCCCAACCUUCCAGAACAGAAUGGGGGGACUGGAAGAGGAGAGGGAGGGGAAGUCCUGUUGUGCAGGCAGAAGUGCUUGCGCGUAUAGGAUGACUUCCUUGAAUAAACCCUCAUCCCUUGCACUGGAGUUCUAGAGCGUUUCAUUUUACUGUAUACAAUUGCAUGGAUAAGUACACGUGCCUGUAACUGCUAUUUGGGAUGUGGCCAAGUACUUGAGGAGCUGCUGUGUUCCUUGCAUAUUUCACUUCCUAUGGCAUGCAUUGUUUAUACACGCUGCUAAAUUCACCCACUGGCUCAGAACUGGAGUAUAACAGGGUUUAAAGAGAUUAUUAGCAUCCCUGAAUUAGCAGCGGGAGAUUGUCAAGAGAAAAGUGUUGCAAUGCCAGCAUCAUGAGUGGUAACAAUAUAAGGGCAUCCGUCGAGAGAAUCUGCAGCCUUGAACCAGGCAUAGCAUGGUGCUCCAUUAACAGAAACACCAGCACUUCCCCCUGUUUUAAUUUAUUAUCCUUGGUACACAGAACUGACUCCUUACUGUUAACACUAUCUUGGUGUAUUGAACACUAUUCACUAAGAGCAGGCAUCCCCAACCUGCGGCACUCCAGAUGUUUUGGCCUACAACUCCCAUGAUCCCUAGCUAACAGGACCAGUGGUCAGGGAUGAUGGAAAUUGUAGUCCAAAACAUCUGGAGGGCCGAAGGUUGGGGAUGCCUGACUAAGAGCAAGAAAAAAGUGGCUCAUUAGUGCUUUGAAGGGCGGCUGUUUUCACAGCUUAGUAGAAGAAGAGGAGGAGUUUGAAUUUGAUAUCCCGCUUUAUCACUACCUGAAGGAGUCUCAAAGCGGCUAACAUUCUCCUUUCCCUUCCUCCCCCACAACAAACACACUGUGACGUGAGUGGGGCUGAGAGACUUCAAAGAAGUGUGACUGGCCCAAGGUCACCCAGCAGCUGCAUGUGGAGGAGCGGAGACACGAACCCGGUUCCCCAGAUUGCGAGUCUUUCGCUCUUAACCACUACACCACACUGGCUCUCACACUUAGACAGCCAUAAUUUGUGGCUGCCACUGGCCUUGCUUCUCUCCUGUCUUGGGGUAGAGCAGGAUCUCAGUAGAAAUCCCACUGGGCUUCAGAGAUGCUUGGAAGUAGCAAGUCUCCUGCUUCAUAGCACUAUGAAGCCCAGUGCAGUUGCAGGCAUAAGCUGCUGUCCUUCUCUCAGACUUGGGAUAUUGGUAAGAGGGCUCAUCCUUGUGAUUGUGCUAGGCUUCAGGAAAGCUUGGCAGCUGCUGUUUCCAAAACUCCUGUGAAGCAAACCACAAAGCUAGAGACUAAACCAAAAGAAACAAAACAAGUAAAACCUCAGAGGUACCACAAAACGGUUUUAUAAAAUGUGCAUGUUUUGAUGAAGGCCUUCAAGAGCACAAAAAUACAUUUCUUAUUAUGAAAACAUUUCUCAACUGAAUUUUCUAAUUAUGUAUUUAAUAGUGCUAUUUGAGGCGCAAAAUUAAUAGUUUCCAUUGUUUUCACUCCUCCUUUAGGAUCCUUACAGAAGCAGAGAUUGAUACACACCUUGUCGCUUUAGCAGAGAGAGAUUAGCUCUAUUUAGAAUUCCUAAUUCUGUGACUUCGGGCCAGAAUGUCUGGUGAAAACCAACUUGUUGAUGGCUCUGGAUUAUGGGCUGAAAAUGGAAUGCUCACUAUCUGAUGUAUUUUACUCUGUACGAAUAAAAUGGUGGUUUUGGAAA